AUGAAGAUUCACUUGAAAACACUAACGGCGCAAAAGUUCGAGAUUGAAAUUUCGGACCCUUCGAAAACGACUAUUUUGCAGUGCAAAAAAUUGGCGAUCGAAGGGCAACCGCAACUCGGCGCGGAAACCGAUUUCUUAGUGUUCGUACACAAAGGACAAGUGCUCGAGGACGAGAAGACGGUUUCGGAGGCGGAGAUUACCGAGGAUGGGUUUGUGGUGGUGAUGAGCAAGAAGACGAAGAAACCGGCGGAGAAGACGACGGCGGCGGCGCCGGCGCCGGCGAAUCCUCCCGCGACUUCGGCGCCGGAUGUUGCGGCGCCGGUGGCGCCGGCCGCGGCGGUGGCGAUGGCACCACAAACGACGGCGGAAGUUCCGGUAUCGUCUCCGGGUUUAGUGGUUGGUGCGGAAUUAGAAAAAGCGAUCGAGGAAUUACAAGCGAUGGGUUUUCCGAGAGAUCAGUGCGUGGCGGCGUUGAGAGCGGCGUUUAACAACCCAGAUCGAGCGGUGGAAUAUUUGUUGAACGGGAUCCCGGAAGGGAUGAUGGUUUCAGCGCCGGCGGCGAAUGCGGCAGCAGCAGCACCACCACCAGCAGCAGCACCAGGGGCUGAUGCCGCGGCGGCGAAUGCGGUGAGAACGGCGGAAGGUGCGACGGCGUCUGCUCCCGGGGUUGGUGCGGGUGGAGCUCCCCCGGCUGCCGCGGACGGUUCGGCGCCGUUGAACUUGUUCCCGCAAGGCAUUCCGGCGAAUUUAGCAGCCGCUGGUGCCGGUGGAGCGGAAGAGGAAGCGCAAGAGGGCGAAGUGAACACGUUGGCGUUUCUUCGCGAUAAUCCGCAAUUCCAAGCCAUUCGCGCGAUGGUUCAAGGUAACCCGUCUAUUUUACAACCCAUGCUCGGCGAGUUGCAAAGACAAAACCCGCAGUUGUACCACUUGAUUAACAGCAACCAGGAGGAGUUUUUACAACUGUUGAACGAACCGAGCGAUUUUGAAGCGCAGGGAAUGGGCGAAGGCGAGAUGGAACAAAUCGAAUUGUCCAAAGAGGAGAACGAGGCGUGCGAACGAUUGAUGGCUUUGGGUUUUACGAUGGAACAGUGCGUGGAAGCGUACAUCGCGUGCGAUAAGAACGAAGAGAUGGCGGCGAAUUACUUGUUCGAGGCGCCACCGGAUGCGAUGGGCGAAUAA